AUGUCCUUCUCUUCCGAAAAGGGUAGCCGACGUGGCUCCAUCUCCAUCACCGGCAAACGUCGUGGCUCUGGUACCGAAAAGCUCGAGACGCAUAUUGUCUCGUGGCACACGAGUUCUCACAAGCAUGAACAGUCUCCACACGCUCGUGAAGAGGAGCUCAAGCAGCACUUGGAACGAUUCCAGAAGCUCUUCACCAUCACUCCUCAGCGUCUUCGCAUGAUCACCGACCGUUUCGUCGGCGUUCUGGAACAAGGUCUUCAGAAACCAGGACAGACGGUAUCAAUGCUUCCCGCCUACGUCUUUGGCUGGCCCAGCGGUGACGAGCUGGGAUCCUACCUCGUUCUUGAUCUUGGAGGAACCAACUUGCGUGUUUGCCACGUCCUUCUCAAAGGCGCCGGCAAAUUCGAAAUCACCCAGUCCAAGUUCCGUCUGACGGAAGAGCAGAAGCAGACUGAAGGUCAGAAGCUCUUUGACUUCUGUGCCGACUGUCUUGCCACUUUUAUUGGCGAUCACUUUGGCGAUCAAAACGGCAAUGUGAUUCUGGAGGAGGACCUUGCACUUGGUUUCACCUUCAGUUACCCUAUGGAGCAGGAGAGCAUCGACCACGGCAAGCUCGUUCGAUGGACCAAAGGCUUCGGCAACCCCAACACGGAGGGUCGUGACUGCGCUGCUAUGUUCCGCGAGUCGCUUGCCAAGUACAAGCUGCCGGUCAAGCUGGUUUCGAUCAUCAACGAUACCACGGGUACACUGAUUGCUUCCAACUAUGUCAAUCACGAGACCAGGAUUGCAUGCAUCUUUGGUACGGGCUGUAACGCGGCUUACAUGGAGCGCCUCAAGGAGAUGCCCAAGAUCAAGCACCUUGGUUUGCCAGAAGACGAAGAGAUGGCGGUCAACUGCGAAUAUGGAGCCUUUGACUCGUUCAAGCACGAACACAUGGCCGAAAUCCGUACCAAGUAUGACGAACACAUUGAUCUUACCUCGAACAAACCGCACGAGCAAUCCUACGAAAAGAUGAUUGCAGGUCUCUACUUGGGCGAGAUCUUCCGACUCUGCAUUUGCGACUUGAUCGACGAAGGAGUUCUCUUUCUAGGUCAGAAGACGUAUAAGUUGGAAAAAACAAAUGCCUUUGACACUGCUUUCCUCUCUCUCAUCGAAGCUGAUCCCACCGACGAGCUUCUAACCAUCGCCGGCUUGUUCACGCAUUUCUUCGGGAUCGAUACGACGAUCGAAGAGAGGCAAUUCUUCAGCAAGUUGGCUAAAUUGAUCGGAACACGAUCGGCUAGGUUGAGCUCCUGUGGCAUUGCCGCCUUGGUGACCAAGAUGGGCUAUCUCGAUAAAGGAUGCGGGGUCGGCUGUGAUGGCAGUUUGUAUUCCAAGUAUCCCGGCUUUCCGGACCGCCUACACCAGGCCUUGGAGGAUAUCUUUGGCGAUAAGGGCAGAAACAUCAAGACCUACCAGGCCGAGGAUGGAUCCGGUGUCGGUUCGGCCAUCAUUGCUGCGAUGACAAAGGCGAGGAAGGAGCAAGGCAAAUAUGUUGAGGUGUAA